GACAGUGGAGCAGGUAUCCCCUAUCUCUCUAGCGCCGUCGUACGGAUCCACUUGAUCUUAAUACCUUGAAACCCACACAAGUCUCACUCUCGACUCUUUCCUUGCGCCAUGUCGCUCAAUCACCUCCUUGCCCGAGAUGGAUGUAUCUCAUGCAAUGAGAACCCAACAUGUAAUUGUGCCGCUGGCGAGCAGUGCAUCCUGACGUCCCGGACAUGCUCGCAAUGCCCUCAGAUCGAAUGUCUCCCUGUUCCUUCCUCUAGUGGAGGGAUCAACCCUGGUGUUAUUGCUGGUCCUGUGGUCGCGGUGCUGGUCAUCGUCAGCUUGGCAUUGUUUUGGUGGCUGAGGAGAAAGAAGCGACGAGACCUGCGACGACUCGAGCAAUUGGCAGAACGGGCACGGAAAGCCGAAUCAACCUUUCAGCUCUCGCAUCCAAACUCUCCCGCACCUCACAUCGCUAGCUCAAUCAAUCGAUCAACAUCGUCCAGGUCGCCGGCUCCCUCGACCGGGUCUCGUCUCCCUGCCCCGCCUCCGUCCGCAUCGAGAAGGGCUUCGCCUUUACCUCCCGCAUCGGUCAAUGCUGAAUUUCAAGAUGAGCAUGGUGCCCAAGUUAGGGUGUAUGGUCCCAAUGGCACUAUCAACUUGGAUCCCCGACAUCCAGAUAACGGAGGUGAUCCGUUUUCUGAUCGUCAGAGUGUUUCUACAGCCGCUACGAGUACCCACUCGACCAAUAUCAUUCCUAUUCAAUACAUCCCUUCAUCUCGUUCCGAGGAUGCAAUGUCGACAGCUCAAGCCGCUCGAACAUUGGACGAAGCGAGGCAAAACCUCUUUCGACCCGGGGCACCUGCCCGUCCGGCAAGAUCUGGAGAUUCAAGUUGGAAAGAUCCCAGAUCUCCAGGAGGUCUCUCCACUGUGCCUCGAAUACGCGAUUCCUACGUGUCUGACAACAGCGCUGCCCCUAGUUUCCUAUCGGGCGCAUCGUAUGAUGUCCACAAUGACGCACCAAAAAUUGUCACGUCGCGUCAAGUCCACGUUGGGAGAGUUCAACAGGCCGAAGUGGUCCACAUGGGGAGGGGCAAUCAGAGAACGUUGUCACCUUCCAGAGGACUAGAAGAUGAGUUGGACGAAAAGGAGGAAUGGGAUAGAACCCCUACACCCGCUACGUUUGGUGGUAGACCACCCCCUACGCCAACAUCUCCAGGCUAUGGCACACAAGAAGGCUUGCGAUCCGACAAUGCUUCAGGGCGAGACGUGCUCUCUUCUCCUGGCGGCGGAUCCAAUGAUCUCCGGUUCUCUAUGGAUUCACUCGCCUAUCGGGACUCGAUGUCAUCCAUGGGCACCUUCAGAUACCUGGCUCAACCGGAUCCCCAAGCUAUCGAUCAGAUGCCAAUGACGGCGACGCCGCGCUUAAUUGGACCAGGAGCCCUCCGUAAUGUCACUGCUGCUGCUGCUGCUGCUGCUGCCGCCGCUGCUGGUGGCUCCACUAUGAGACCGAAUCCGCCUUUUGCUGCUGCGAAUGCUGGAGCAGGUCGAGAUUCUACAUUCUCGAAUCGAUCCUAUGCCGAUUCAGUCCUCUCUGGAUUCCCAAUGAUUCCUCCGACUCAGGCUGGAUCAUCAUCUGGAUCCUUCAUGGCCUCUGCAAGCGGGGUACCUCAGUCAUCCUCCAGCAAUACCCUUGAUGGAAAUGCGACUGUUCCAAGACCACCGCCUGGGUCGUUCAAACCUCCUCUUGGAGUUGAAGGACAGACGCCGAACGCCCCUUCGGGCCGACCAUUGACAGCUGCUUCGGUGGCCGACUCGUUCCUUGGUACCUUCCCGUUUGUGCCUCCGAAUAUCGAUGAUCUGGCAGAGCUACCAAGUGCCGCUUUGCCCACAGCAGCGGUAGCUCCAGAGAUGGCAAGGAGGUGAUGAACCGGAAAGGGAGAUCUUCUUCGUCUUGGUGUCAUAAAUUUGUUUUGUACAUAUCAUAAUUCUUUCAACCUGCAAUAUCACUUGUUGUUUUGACAUCACACGAGGA